GCAGGCACUGAGCAGGAGUGAGCAGGAGUGAGCAGGGGGCUCGUCUCUGCUCCCCGCAGGGUCUCCUCGCUCCUUGCUGGGCAUGGAGAGGAUGUGAGCGGGGACAGAGUCUUUGUCUUGCUGCUGGGCCAUGGGAGUCUGAGAGCGGCUGGUCCUUGCCUCACUGCCAACAGCCACCAUGGGCUGCUGCUGCAGCUCAGACUAUGACGAGGACUGGAUUGAGAACAUUGACAUUUGCGAGCACUGCAACUACCCCAUCGAGACCGACAGCAAGCCCCAGAGGCUGAUCCGCAACGGCUCUGAGGUGCAAGACCCACUGGUGUCCUACGAGGCCACGUCUCCACCGUGCUCCCCACUGCAAGAUAAGCUGGUGGUGGCCUUGUACAACUAUGAGCCCAAGCACGAUGGGGACCUGGGGCUGCGGAAGGGUGAGAAGCUCCGCAUCCUGGAAGAGAGUGGGGAAUGGUGGAAAGCUCAGUCGCUCACCACCGGCCAGGAGGGUUUGAUCCCCUACAACUUCGUGGCCCUGGUGAACAGCCUGGAGCCUGAGCCGUGGUUCUUCAGAAACAUCAGCCGCAAGGAUGCAGAGCGGCAGCUCCUGGCCUCGGGCAACACACAUGGUUCCUUCCUCAUCCGGGAGAGCGAGACCUCCAAAGGCUCCUACUCACUGUCGGUGAGGGACUUCGACCAGAACCAGGGCGAGACGGUGAAGCACUACAAGAUCCGCAACAUGGACAAGCAGGGGUACUACAUCUCCCCCCGCAUCACCUUCAGCAGCCUGCAUGAGCUGGUGGAGUAUUACACACGCAGCUCUGAUGGGCUGUGCACCCGCCUGGGCAAGCCCUGCCGGACCCAGCGGCCGCAGAAGCCGUGGUGGCAGGAUGAGUGGGAGGUGCCACGGGAGUCGCUGAAGCUGGUGGAGAAGCUGGGAGCAGGGCAGUUUGGAGAAGUCUGGAUGGGCUUCUACAAUGGCCACACUAAGGUGGCCAUCAAAAACCUGAAGCAGGGCAGCAUGUCACCCAGUGCCUUCCUGGCAGAGGCCAACCUCAUGAAGAACCUGCAGCACCCGCGGCUGGUGAGGCUCUACGCCGUGGUGACAAAGGAGCCCAUCUACAUCAUCACAGAGUACAUGGAGAAGGGCAGCCUUGUGGACUUCCUCAAAACCUCAGAAGGCAUCAAGCUCAGCAUCAACAAACUGCUGGACAUGGCAGCACAGAUUGCCGAGGGCAUGGCCUUCAUUGAGGCCAAGAACUACAUCCACCGUGACCUGCGGGCCGCCAACAUCCUCGUGUCGGAUACCCUGUGCUGCAAAAUCGCCGACUUUGGGCUGGCCCGGCUCAUUGAGGACAAUGAGUACACGGCUCGCGAAGGGGCUAAAUUCCCCAUUAAGUGGACAGCGCCAGAGGCUAUUAAUUACGGGACGUUCACAAUCAAGUCGGAUGUCUGGUCCUUUGGCAUCCUGCUCACGGAGAUCGUCACCUAUGGCCGGAUCCCGUAUCCAGGGAUGACCAAUCCUGAGGUGAUACAGAACCUGGAGCGUGGUUACCGCAUGCCACAGCCGGACAACUGCCCACAGGAGCUGUAUGAACUGAUGACGCAGUGCUGGAAGGAGAAGCCCGAGGAACGUCCCACCUUUGAGUACAUGAAGAGUGUGCUGGAGGACUUCUUCACUGCCACUGAGGGCCAGUACCAGCAGCAGCCGUAAGGACAACGUGUUGGGGUGCCCGGAGCUGCUCCCCAUGCACCAGGUCCCCACAGACUCCAUGCACAUCACCUGGGGUGUUGGCCAGCGCCGCCUGGACCUCAGCAGUAAAGAUCUGAAGCGCUUCAA